AUGGCCGAAAUUGUUCUUGAAGUUCACAACGUUCAUGCGGCAAGGUUGGCUCAUCGAACGACCAAGGAUGGAAAUAAUCGUAUUCCUGCUGGGACUACGGUAUUCGGCGACCAUUGGUCCAUCUCUCGGAACCCAGACGUCUUCCCUGAGCCUCACUUGUUCAAGCCUCAGCGUUGGAUUAACGAUCAAGGUCGCAUCAGGGACGACCUCAAAUUCUUUGUCUUCGGCUUUGGUCCGUAUGACCUGGUCAACAGCUUGCGAACAGGUAAAGAAAUGACAUCCUUCCAUGCACAUGAUCUUUCGAGUUCACCUCAUCUGCUACAGAUCGGUGUUCAUAAACUCGCUCUUUAA